ACUACAAUUAUACGGAGGGAUACAUCUUUCAGUGUUCCACAUUGUACUGCGUUUGAGAUGAACUGUGCGAUCAUUCUGAAACCUCCGACAUUCUGAUUGGUCCUAAAUUCAGUAACACUGCCUUUGAUUGGUCAAUACACUCAGCCAAAGGCUAAGUGGAUGGGUAGCAAUUUUCAGCACAAAGAAGUUCAAUAGCAAACUUGUGAUAACAUUACAUGUAGGAUUUGUCAGUGUAGAAUUAUUUUAUAAAGUCUCCAAAAGGAUCGUGCUGUUUAUGGGGGAAAUACAAAGGUUUUGGUACGAAUAUCGGAGCGUUAUGGUGAGCUGAACAUCCGGGACUUUCUUCGCUCCGGAGAUUAUUAUCUUGGCUCACACAGGACCUUUGAUGUUCAUCGGUGUGGCGUGCUUGAUGAGGUAAGGUGAGUGUGAGUUUAAAAGGAUUUUAAAUACCCCAAAUUACUCUAAGAAAUUGAAGGAGUUGAUGAUAAAUGAUAAUAUAUCACUUUUUCUCUGCCGUAAACUGUAGACAGAGUUUAAGUUGUUGCCAUAUAUAACUGUUGACAUGUUAACAACGCUCAGUGAGUUACUAAAUUAGCUAAUUGGCUCAAAUUAACCCUCUGGGGUCCACGGAGGCACCGGUGCGUCAAAAUGGCAUCGAGGGGAUGUAGCAUCGGGACUCUGCUGCACUGAGUCUCCAUUUCAACAUAAAUCGAAAGUGCAGACUUCAAACUACGUACCAGCUUUUAAUUUGUGUUGAUGUUUGCAGGUUAAGGACCAAAUGAUCACAGGAAUAGCAUGUCAAAAAGAAGAGCCAGAGUUAGUCCUGAAGCUGAGGCUAUUCAGUUUAUUUUAUCUGGAAGUGACAAGCCUUGUCUGAAGGUUCAAUGGGUCAGUGACUAUAAAGGGCGUGGUGUAUUUGCUUCUACACCAAUUGAAAAGGGAUCCUUUGUUGCUGAGUACCGUGGGGAGUUGAUCUCAAAAUAUGAACGGGACAAGAGACACAAGAAGUACACUGAGAAGCAAAAUGCAUUCUUGUUUGAUUUUAAGUGGAACAGUGAUGUAUGGUGCAUUGAUGCCUCCCAUGAAGAUGACUCUUUUGGCCGGUUGGUUAAUGAUGCCCAUAUAUCCCCAAACUGCAAAAUGAAAAAGCUGAUUGUCCACGGUAAACCUCAUCUUUGCUUGUUUGCUUUUGAAAACAUCCAAGCAGAGAGUGAAAUAACAUAUAACUAUGGAGACGCUCUGUGGUCAUGGCGAGCUUUGACACCAAGUGUAGAGAUCCCGACUCAGCCUUCAGGAGAGCCACAAAUGAGCGGGUCAUCCAUUUCAUCCUUUCAACAGGUUGGUACACAUUUCUAGUUCCAGUUAAACACAAAUAGAUGUCUCAUUUGGGUCCGGUGCAUAAAUAAAAUACCCUUUAACAAUCAGUUUGGGUAACAGUUUCACAGUA